AUGUACUCUUUCCCUAUUGUUGUCUGCUCUGCUAUUUAUAUUCGAUUUUAUUUGAAAACCAGACAUCCUGGAUCUCAAAGGAUAAAGAAAAACGAAAGUGGUGAAAGUUUAUCUGCAGAUGGCAAACUUGUAAAUAAAUCAAAUGAGCCUUCAUUACGACCCCAGAUAAGUGUUCGACAAAAUGCUCGAAAGGAGGUCGUAGAAUGGGAUGGAAAACAUAGUGAGAAAAAAAACGUGCCUUUUGUGAGAUGUACGCAUUAUAGUCUGUCUGGUAAAACUAAUGAGACUGGAACUGAUCGAGCACUUGAUGUUCCGAAUACGGUCUUCAUUAACGAGACAUCGAAACCUCAUAGGGUAUCGGAUGAUAGCUUUAAAGGGUCGUUAGGAACAGGUCCUGGUGAUGGUAAGCUAGUAUUAAAAAGAUUGGAAGAAUCCGGUGGAGCCGGUAAAAAGGCUACACGGGAUGUUCAUAGGAAUCGUAUGGAUCUUGGGUUAGAAAGAAACAAAAGGCUGCAUAGUUUUAUUGCAAAACGUAGAACAAAAAAGUUGUUUAGAAUGGCUAUUGAGAAAAGCUUGAAGGGCAUCCACAAGGUUCCUCCUAGUCAACUUGCUCAGAUUUUAAUUCCUAAAAACAAUAAUGGUGGGGUUCCAAGUAAUCUUGAUGAAGAUGAAUUAAUGAUGCCUGGUUCAGCCCCUUCCUUGUGGCGAAAACGGAAUUCGUUUGACCUUUCGUAUGAUCUACAAGAUGAAAAACCAAACCUUAUGGCAGAUAGUUUUCAACAAGAAUUCAUGCCUGUCAACCAAAAGGAAAUGUUCUUCUGCAGGCACGAAAGCUUCCGUCGCGGACCUUGGUUUCCAUAUCCAACCAGUCAAAAUCGAAAUGAUACCGAAUUUAACCUGUUUUAUGGUGACGAAAAAAGGCACGUUGAAACCAAGUCGGACAAAGUAGGUCACCACCGGCUUAAUUCCUCUGGUAUAGAAAAUGAUUUUGUUCUUGUCGAGCUAGAAGAACCGAACCACAACAAGGCGGUAAACUUAUUGGAAGAGGAAAAGGAAAGGAUUUUAGAAAGCCUAAACAAUAGGACUGAAAUAGGAGAGAAGAUGGAAAAUCCUCAUGACCUGGAGCCAGGAUUAGAUAGUGGAAGUGAAGUUAGAAUGGAGACAGGUUCAAUAAAAAACAACGAUUCCUGCUACUCAUCUUCAUCUGAAAACACAGAACCGGUCUUGGAUCAAACAAUUAAUUCUACCGGGAUACAUAAUGAUCAUGUUCGAAGGGCCCUUAAACUUGCAAUUCCUCCUAAGGGCGGAGCUAUGAACAGACUUUCCUUUGAUUCCAGCUCAUCGCCAUCUGAAAGGCGCAGGUCAGACUUUAAUUCAUUUUACAGUAGGCGACAGUGCCAUCCCCCAACCUUUUCCAUAGCUUCUGAUUUGCAAGUUGAAGUCCCAGAAGUUGGUUCACCCCCAUUAACAAUUGAUGGAACAGUUUCAUCUGUUGAUGGUGAUUUAGUUACAUAUGAUGGGGAUGUUGACAGGGAUAUCAAUUCCGAAAUUGAAGAACUGUGGGGAGGUUCAUCUAAGCUAGCAAGAGAAGAGGCGAAUCGAAAAAGACUAAGAGAAUUAGGUGAUAUUAUUGAAGAUGAAUCUGUUGAAGUUGCUUCAAUCUCUCCAUCAGAACAUGAAGCCAAGCAAAAUAUGAAUAGCACAAGUUCACUAUCUGCGAGAAUAGAUAUAACCGAGAAUGGUGCAUCUCUUCCAAUAUAUAUAAACUAUGAAGCUCAUCCAGGUUCCAGCAACUGCAGUCAUGAUAAUUUUGAAACAUCAUAUGAGGUUAAAAGUACCAUAGAAUCUGGAAAGGAAGUAGAGGAAAGCAAGCCUUCAAAGUAUAUUGAAGAACAUACUCGAACCCUAAACGAGCAUAAAACUAUAGAUGCACCAAAUGCAGUUCAAAGAAGAGACAACUUAGAAUCUGUUCCAGAAAUUAUAGUGGAUCAAGUAGAGGAAAGCCAACCUUCAAAGUAUAUUGAAGAAGAUACUCAAACCUUAACUGAGCUUAACACUAGAGAUGCACCAAACAGAGUUCAAAGCAGUGACAACUUAAAAUCUGUUCCAGAUACUAAAGUUGAUAAAGAUGCUGCAGAGAAUAAUAUAUUGGAAAAAAGAUUACGUGAUUCUAUUGCAAGGGCUCUAAAUCGAAGAUUGAUGCUUGAACAAGUUUCUGUCAGCUCAUUUUUAUCUCCAAGGUCUGUAUUACCACAAAAUAUCCUGCCAAGCCCAACUCCUGUAUCAGGAGUUGGGCGACGAAUGCAACGAAGUCUGUCACACUUUGUUAGGCAAGAUGUUGUGAGAAGCAAACUAGCAUAUGAACAAGCACGUGAAAAAUUAACUGCCUACAUGCCUCACAUUGCUCAUGAAUGGGUUGAGAAUUCAAUAAAUCAAUUAACCCGUAACCGCAGUCUUGGAACAUUGGAGAUGGCUCCAAGGAAGGUCAUCGAGGAAGGCAACAUUGUCUUAAAUGUCAAUAAUUCAGCAGGCACUGGGAAGGAAGAAGGGAAGAAGUUGACAGCUAAUGAAGGCGAAUCCCUAUUCUUAAUCAGACCGGAAGACAUCAGCGGGCCUGAAAAAUCAAAUGAACAAGAAGCUGAUAUGAACGAAACAGAAACAAUUGGAAGUGAUUAUACAAGCAUUGUUGAAAGUGCAAAAGAACGAGAGAAUUCUGCUGCUGAAGUUGAUCGUAUUUGCAAAUCUAAUGAGUCAGUAGCUGAUAAUGUAGCCAACAAAGAGAUAAAGAACAAUGUUCUUGAACGUGAAGGUGCACUACAAAUAUUAGGUAAACUAGAGGCUGUCAUUGAAGCAUCAAAUACCACCGGGGAAACUAGUGCAGGGUCUGUUGAAGAUACUGAGCCCGAAUCCAAGAGAUUAGCCAAAACUGCAUUCAAUGCUGGCCAAUCAACUUCAGCAGGAGAAACUAAUACUUUGAAUAACAUUAAGAAUGAUGAAAAGAUUCAAAUUUUGACUGGUCAAGGUCACUGA